GUAGCUGGCAGCUUCCUCUUUUCUGCCCUGCUCCAGGCGCUGGGCUGUCCCUCUCAGUGCCUAGGAGCAGGGGACAGCAGCACCAUGGCUCCCCGCGCGGCUGCUGUCCGCCAGACCUGCUGCUGCCUCAACAUCCGCAUCGCCACCACCGCCCUGGCCAUCUACCAUGUGAUCAUGAGUGUACUGAUGUUCACCGAACAUUCUGUGGAGGUGGUCCACGGCAAGGCCUCCUGCAAGGCCCGGCAGACUGGCUAUCUCAGGCUCGCCAACCUGAUCUCCAGCUUCCUGCUCAUCACCAUGCUCUUUGUCAUCAGCUUGAGUCUGCUGAUCGGAGUGGUCAAGAACCGGGAGAAAUACCUGCUGCCCUUCCUGUCCCUGCAAAUCAUGGACUUCCUGCUGUGCCUGCUCACCCUGCUGGGCUCCUACAUCGAACUGCCCUCCUACCUCAGGUUUGCCUCCCGGAGCAGCCGGGUGGGCGCCCCCAAGAUCCCCCUGAUGACGCUGCAGCUGCUGGACUUCUGCCUGAGCAUCCUGACCCUCUGCAGCUCCUACAUGGAGGUACCCACCUAUCUCAACUUCAAGGCCAUGAACCACAUGAAUUACCUCCCCAGCCAGGAGGGCGUGGCCCACAGCCAGUUCAUCAAGAUGAUGAUCAUCUUCUCUGUUGCCUUCAUCACCGUCCUCAUCCUGAAGGUCUACAUGUUCAAGUGCGUGUGGAGAUGCUACAAAUUCAUAAAGUACAUGAAUUCAGCCGAGGAGAGGAGCGGCUCCAAGGAACUCCAGAAGGUGGUCCUGCCGACCUACGAGGAAGCCAUGUCUCUGCCAUACAAGACUCCAGACGGGGACCCGGCGCCGCCCCCCUACUCGGAGGUGUGACGCGCGCCAGGCCCAGCCCUGCCGCUGGGAGGGGCGGAGCUGUCGCGCAAUCCGCUUCUUGGCUUUGGUGGCCCCAGCGGCCCGGGGCGAGUCACCCGACUGACUCCAGGACAACCGUGUCCCCCUCGCUGGCCUGCUUUUCCCGCGGGACCCGGGAGACAGAUGCUCAGAACUGGGUCGCCGCUUGCGGACGAAGGACUCCUUGAGUCUCAGAUCCAGUCCAUGGAACCUCGGCUUAUUUCGAUCAGCACUGACCUCGUCGUCCUUAAUCCAGUGGGUUUGGUUCAACAUCUCGCCCCUUGACUAGUCGAAGCACGUGGCUGACAGAUCAAACCACACUUCUCAGGGCGGGGAGAUGAAAACAGCCCACCGCCUUGGCUUCUAGGCAGCUGUCCGUUCACACGGCCACACAGACAAGUGGUCACCUCUGGGUCCUUCCCACCAAGCCCGGACGUCCGAUUUCUUCAGAUCGCUUGUUUCACCCAUUACAGUCAGUCAGCCAUCAGUCAAUUUAAACGAGGGACAACAUUCAGUAAGAAUAAUAAUGAUACAAAUCCAAUGAGCCCCCAAACCAUUCUAUGCAAUCGAGUCUGAUAACUGGGCACCCACUCUGGUCAGUUGGGUAGCUCAGAGCGGCUGAAAAAAUUGUUUAUUCAAAUGAAACUUCAGGCAGUUGUCAAACGUCUGCCAGAAGCUACUUCUGGGAAAUAACAGUUGUUUCCCUCAUGGAACUGUCCCGACACAUGGUUGUUUUGCUGAAGGCUCGUCAUCACCAACAACUGGCCACAUGUGGUCCGUGGAGUCACGCAGCAGUGGGGGGUCGGCCGAGAUGCUCUGGUCCAUUCUGCAGGGUGGCCCCUCUGUCACCAGUUCCGGCACCGGGGACUCAGUCCUGCCCAAUGCUUGUGCUUAAGCAGAAAUUUAGCCCUGACACCAGGCAGGUCUAUUUGCUGGACUAAAUCCACAGGUCAAACCCUGUGGGCACAGAUGCUCAUGUUGGUGAUGGCAGAAGGGAAGGUUUGGGUCCCAAUACCCUGUCUUUUUCCUGCUUCCGGGGUUCCCAAGGGAGCUGACCCUAAGGCGGAGACAGGGCCAUGGAGGCAGGUUCACUGGGGUCUGAGAGGGGGAAACAGAGGGAGAGGGCUGUCCAAAGGGGUCCCUGCCAGCAGCCCCUUAUAUCAUUGCUUUGCGCACGACGGGGGAGAAAUUUCAAUAAAGCAGCAUCAUGCUUCCCUUUG